UUGCAGUAAAAAUUCGAAUCGGUAUUACCAUCGCCGUGCUCUUGCUGGGGGUGCCAGCUGUCUAUGCUUUCUGGAGACCCAGAAAGCAAGUGUCUAUCAGGGUUUGUCAGUCCUGCUGUCUGAUGGAACCUCCCUCUACUCACAAGCAGUGCAAUGAUUUAGCAAUGGACUCUCUAUGUAAAGGUGUGGAAAUGGGAACUGGUGGACCAGCAACACAGCUAAACAGCAACAGAGACAGUUAAUGAAACCAGUGGUCAGUGUCAAUACUGUCAGUGAUGACAGGACUGUCACUGUGCCCUGUCAGAUCAACAGGUCUAUGGAGAAGAAAGUCACAUGUUACCUGUACACUGGAGACACACCUGAGCCCUUCAAUUCAACAUGGACUAGAUCAACAAAGCCUAAAUCAACAGUGUGUAAUUUUUACAUAAAGUCUGAUGAUCUCGAGAGGCGUUUCCAGUCUGUGGGCAGCAGGAAUGUGAGCUGUGAUUACAGUGUGGAAACAGACACAGAGCGUCGCUCUGCACGCAGUGACAGCUAUUCUGUACCAGCAGCUUCAUCCCCAGGAGUUUCUACAACAAGAAGUCCAGUGAUUUCUAGUACCACAGUGCUUCCACAGUCAAUCACAUAUGAGCAACAGAACACAACUUCCAGGAGCACAGCGAAAAUCACAGAUAAGAAACAGAUGACAACUUCCAGGAGCACAAAGAAAAUCACAGAUAAGAAACAUAUGACAACUUCCAGGAGCGCAAAGAAAAAGAAGAAACAGAAGACAACUUCCAGGAGCACAAAGAAAAAUAAGAAACAGAGGACAACUCCCAGGAGCACAACGAAAAUCACUGAUAAGAGCACAACAACUGCCAGGAGCACAGAGAAAAAUAAGAAACAGAGGACAACUUCCAGGAGCACAACGAAAAUCACCGAUAAGAACACAACAGCUACCAGGAGCACAGAGAAAAGUGCAAGUGUGAUUAUCAGUGUAGCAGUCACAAUGAUUGUGUUUCUGCUGGGACUAACAACGGCCUGUCUAUGGAGAAUACACAAAAAUAAGAAAUCCAAAAGUGUCUAAUGUUUCUAAUGAAAAAAAAAAAAACAAUGGACCUUGUGAAGGAAUGGUUUAUUUGAAGU